GCUCCCCGCUACAGUCUGAAAUCGGCUAGCGUGACGAUACGACGUGCGGGCAACAGUCGUUCAGAACCGAUGUCUUAUAACGUUUUAAUUUGAUCGGUAGGUCGAUAUAAUUGUACGAUCACGGGAGCUACGUGUGCCAGUGUCAGUGAACACGGAUUUUGUGUUUAAAGAAACAAGAACAAUUCAGAGAGACUUACCGUCCAGUGCAAGAAGAGGAAUUCACUGUCACGAUGGCAGCUCACGAGCAUCAUCGGGCUGCUGCUACACUCGCUGUCCUUGUAAUAUUCCCGUUAAUGGCUUACGCGAACCAGGCUUCCUUGGAGAUCCUGCCAAGCGGGGAUACGCAGACGAAGCCAAUCGGUUCCAGCAUCAUCCUGACGUGCAAACCGAAGGUCGAGGACACGAAGCUCAUCAGGGACAUGCAAUGGCUCGAUCCACAGAAUCGUGUGAUCGAGUCGCUGAAACUCGUCGUUUUGCCGAUCGAAAGCACGUUCCCAGGGCAUACGAAACCAGUGAUGUACACCGAAUUGCACCAGGAUAACAGCUUGUCUUUGUUCUUCAAUUCGUUGCAAGAGGAACAGGCUGGUAAAUACAUGUGCAAAGGAACUUACGCGAAUUCCAUUCUCCUGGAGAAGUCGGUGACGAUCGAUACCAUAGUUGCGAUCACCUGGGACAAUGCACCCUCCAAUCAAUAUCCCAUUCUGGGAGAGGACUUCGCUAUCCAGUGCAAAGUACGGGCAAGGCCUUCGCCUUCGGUUGACUGGCUGUACAACGGGGAAUUAAUUAAGACGAACGACCACUACAUUAUAGACACGUACGCCCUGAAGAUCAAGAACGUUCAAGAAUCUGACGACGGUAUCUACACUUGUCGUGCUUCGGUAUUGACUACCGGCGAGUUGAAAGAACGACCUAUCCGUGUCGAGGUUCACGUGCGACCCACCGUGGAGGAGCUGUCCAGUCCGGUGAACAUAAUCGAAGGGGAAAACGCGGACAUACGGUGCAAGGCUCGCGGCAAACCGCCACCAAAAUUCACCUGGGUGAAAUCGUUGACCCAGCAGAAUCUGUCGAACGCCGAUCGGUUCGGCGUGGACGCGGACACGGGGGUGUUGACGAUCACCAACGUGAACAGAGAGGACGCGGGGGAGUAUCAAUGCACGGCGACGAACGCGGCCGGUACGGCGAGCACGAACAUCAAGGUGAACGUGAUAGUGAAACCAAAGAUCAUGGAGUUCGUGAACAGCACCGUGGUGCAGGACAAAGAAGCGACUCUCGUCUGCAAAGCCUUUGGCCGUCCACCUCCCCAAGUCACGUUCAGAAAGCACACAUCGGAGAAGCCUUACGUGAAUGGAGCUCAACCCGACGACGACAGGAUUAUCCUGACGAAUCAGGCCGACGUCACCACCGGUGAAACGGUCGGUACUUUGACGAUCCACGAGGUUUUCAGAUCAAACGACGGCCUUUACGAGUGUAUCGCUCAGAAUGCCGGGGGUGAGGCGCGCAGAAACGGACAUCUUACCGUCGAAUUUCCACCCUCGUUCGCGUCCAUGUCGAAUAAGACUGUCUGGUCGUGGGAACAGAGGCCGGUGAACAUAAGCUGCAUCGCUGAUAGCAUACCGAACGCUACGAUACGCUGGACCAUAAACGGAGAUCGCAAGAUCGACAAUGAUAACAUGAUCAAACAGUUAGGCAACGGACCGCUCUCGACGUUGAUGAUCGUACCGCUCGACAGACGGUAUUACGCCACUUACAAGUGUAUCGCAUCGAACAUGCAUGGAACGCGAGAGCAUAACAUCGAGCUGAGAGAAGCCACGAGACCUGGCGAAGUACUACAGGUGAAGAUGGCCGAGAUCACCGCGACCACGAUCAAGUUCGACCUGGUACCGCCCUCCACGCAACCUGAAUUACCCGUCCGAACCAUCAUCGUACAGUACAAGAAGGACGGCCAGACCUGGAUGGAGGCUAAGAACAAAACGUGGUCCGUCGGCUCCAUGUACGUGCUGGAAGACCUGAAGCCGCAGACCCCCUACGAGUUCCGUUUCGCAGCUAGGAACGAGGUGGGCGUAGGCAAUUGGGGUGGUUAUCAUCAGGAAACCACACCCGUUAGAAAUUCACCGAACGAGCCGAAGAUCAUAACAGCCGGUGCCGAGUACGAUUUGUCCACGUACAACAAUCAAUACCAAUUGAGAUGGACGAAACCCGCCGACAACGGCGAACCCAUCGACAUGUACCAGAUCAAGUACUGUCGGGUGAAACGCAUCUCCGGUGGGUGGGAAGUGUUGGAAGACACCUGCGAAACCCAAGUAAUCAGAAACACUCUCAGCUACUGGUUGAAGAAUCUUCAAUCGGACACAUUUUACACGGUGGAAUUGAAGGCGCACAACGCGAUAGGUUUUAGUCAACCUGGCUCGGCGAAGUUCAAAACUGCAAGGGAAUCUCCGGGCCUCAAUGUGGACUACAAUAUAGAUACUUCCGCUGGAGGUACUCGCAAGCUCGACGUGACCGCCAUUGCCACAGCAAUAACGAUCCUAAUCCUAGCCAUUUAAAAAACAAAAAAAAAGAAACAGAAAACAAAAAAAAACAGAUACAAGAAUAAGAAAAAAAAAAUAUAAAAAGAUCGUCGUGAGGAACGGUCACACUCUGUUCACUGCUCUAAUGAAAUUCGUUUAGUGGUACACGUUAGAGGUGCUAAUGCGAAUACUCGUACCGUAUAUCCUGUCGGGCAUACACCAAGGAAAAAAAAAAUAACAUACACUAUGGACAGGAGACGAAACACUUCUCGCGUGUACGUUCGUCCGUGUUCUUUUGUCCAUCUUUUCUUCUCGCGAUCGAACGCGUGGAAAACAGCUCGUCAAUUAUCCGGAACACGCGGUUGUGUUCGCACGCACGAGCAGUGUUGUAAAAGUGAGUCGAAUAAACCGGUGCACAACAUUCCGUGAGAUAAUAUGGGUUAUAUUAGCGGAUAUAAGUGGGUUCGUUGACAAAGUUUGCGAUAGCAGUGAGAAACAUUUUUUUUUUUUUGCUGGACAGAGAGAGAGAGUGAAAAAAAAGACGCGGUGCGAAGCGUUUAAUUAUCAUGGUAAUUAACACUUUGAUGGCCCGUGUCGCGCGACUUUGAUACUUUUUAUCGUGUAAGAAUCUCGUGAAAAUUGUAGGUGGCAGUUUGGAAAUUAUUUGUAGGGGUACGUUAACCCUCGAACGAUGAAUUUUGGAGAAUCAAGGAAAUGGUCCCUGUUUCAAUGAUCCAUGGAUCGAGGGUUAAUGGUACCUUCGAAUAUUGAAACGACACUUGAAAUUAGAGAGCUUGUAAAUUUCUUGAAUCUCAGUGGCCCUUAAAGUGUUAAAUGUUCGCCAGUUACCGAACGUGCCGAUACGUUUCUGCCAUUACGCUAAGGUUAACACGCUUUGGUGGUUCUUUCGAGGAUUCGCGGUUCAUCUGACGUCAGAUACGAUCGAUACGAUGACGAUGACGAUCGCGAUGGGAAGACCCGGUGCAGGUAACAAUUUUGACACGCUCAAUCGUAGAGACUAAAGGAGAAUCAGGCUGAGAUGGUUCGAGUGCUUCUAGUUCGAAGUUUCUGAUCGAUGGGUGUAACUUUGCGAUUGCAUCGUCAGCGAUGCACUCGAACGGUAUCUGUACGAAUAACGUGGAUCUGCGUUAGCGAGAGGCUUUAUUGGCCUAAGAUUUACUGCCUUAAAUUGCCAAAUGCCUAGUGUUAAAACGCGAGGUACUGAUAGCAGAGGGAGGGAGUGCUCGGAUAACACGGUCCAACAAAUUUCAGAUUCCUUUUCAUGUAUCUCGAUAUCCACUUUGUGAAUUUUAUAGAAAUUUGUGCCCUGUUUGCGAAUCUGCAAACCUCUGCUUUUCAUCCCCUUCGGCUUUUGAGAAAUUUCACAUUCUUUGCAUUUAAACGAACUCAGUUUUCUGUAAUAAAAUAUAAAGGUUUACAGAUUCGUAGUCGAAAAAAAGUGCAUCAAUUGGUAUGAAGAUAGAAAUUAGCCGUUGGACAGUGUAAUCGUUUAAUUAAGAAUUUCUAUAUUUCGAGGUACGAUUUCUCUUUAUUUCCAAAAAGGGGAAAGAACGAUCGUGUUCGCUAGAGGUUUCUUGUUUCGCGCCACUUCGUAGAGUACAAAUAUUUUUCGAGAGGAAAUUUUUUCGCGAUUACUAUGAUCUGAUUUUCCGAGGAGGAGUCGAAUCAGACGAAUAUCCGUUCCAAGUGGCGGAACUUGUCCGCAGAAAAAUUCGUUUUCGUCCCGAGCUGUGCGCGUCGAUCGAGUUUCGUGUUUAUUUUAUUUUUUUUUUAUUUUCUCGAGUUAACUGACAAUUCGAACACGCCUACGUUUUAGAGCCAAAGAACUUGAAGAUACUUAAAUUACGCUUGGUGAAUUUUUCGAGGAGGAAAAACCACCCUGGGCACUUCAAAAUGAAUCGUUCGGGGUAGAUUUUAACCCCUUAACGUGAAACCAAUCCCACACACCCCCACUCGCGAGGACAGAUUACGAUCAUCGAGUACACGAAUGAUUCGCGAGCAAAAGAAAAAGAAAACGAGACCUGAGAGCAUCAGCACGAAACGGGAGCACGCCGAAAAUAAUUAUUUUUUAAUAAUUAAACACCUUAGAUUGCGGCUAUAUAUUAGUUUCUUAGUUGGGUUCAUUUCAGCCGAUUGCAUACGAUUUUUUCUCUCCUCUUGUGUAAUUUGUAUAUGUUCAUUUCUUGCCUACAUUUUUUUUUUAUUGUUCUUUUUUUUUUUUUAAAUUCAUCUUUGGGAAAACUGUUAUCAAAUCAUCAGAUUUAGUAUUGCUUGAUUAGCUCUUGGACCAUACGUGUUUUAGUGCGCAUGAUGUGUGUUAUGAUUACGAUUAUUAUUAUUAUUAUUAUAAUUAUUGAUUAUCUUUACUUUGACCGUUGCUAUUAGCGUUAUUUACCAUUAUUACUAUUGUUACUGUAUCAUCAAGGCGUCACAAAGCUGCUACUUUAAUUUACUUUAAUUACUACAAUAUUAUUAUUAUUAUUAUCCAUCGUCGCCGUCGUCGUCACAUUAUGAUAUUAAAAUCGUAUUAAAUUAAUUACUGAUGUAUCGCCCUAUUGUAUACACGUAUUACCAUAAUUACCGUUAGUAUUAUCGUCACCAUUGUCACCAUUGUCGUCGUUAAAAACGUCGCCACGAUUACUGUAUGUGUUGCUGAUAUAUAUUAUGAUAAUUUUCGUUCGAAUGGCAGAAAAACGGGUGCUACGUUACAGAAGGAACAUUAAUUCGAAGUAACGAAGACUCUGUCGCAGGUGUACGUGAAAUACAAAUGGUUCUACUUAUUUUUAUUUAAUUAAUUUUAAUUUUUUAGUCCAUCGAAUACAUUCUAAUAUCUUGGAAUUUUAAAAAAAAAGUGGACGUCUAAGAUUUUUAACUUUUAAUAAGUACAGAAUUUUUUUAUUUUCCAAUUAAACAGGAAGAAAAAGUUUUCUUAUUAGUUGUCUAGAAUCGAUAAUAAAUGUGGUAGGCAGACAGGGUCGUCGAACUUCGAUCCCUUGCGUUUUAGCUCACUUGCCUGGGUUCUUAGAUGUUAGACAUUUUAAUCGCAUGGCAUGCGCUUAUAUUUUCAGUUGCCACUUCGUUCUUUUUUUUUUUUAUUUUUAAAUUUUCUCUUUUACAUUCCCGUUCUUCAGUUUCCUUCCGUUUCGUUCGACUGCUAUAAGCGCCGUGCGAUUGCGUUUCUUUGGCGACAAACACUUUACACACCAUCAUUCGAACACACACCACACCACGUACCUUUGUAUCUUGAGGGAUUAAUCCAUGUAAUUUGCGAUUGUAUGUAAACCGAGUCUGUGAGUGUGUCUUUUAGGUGUAACGAGGUUUUGUUAGGAGGAGGCUGCACGAAUGCUCGGAAAGCGAGGGUGAAUUUUCUUUUGGUAAGAGUUACACAUCGGUUCCAGUAUUAUUUAUAUUAAUUUACGCACAAUGAUUAUUUUUACAGUGGACUGAAUUUUCUUAUAGGAUUUUUAAGGACAGCUUUUUGGAAACAUAGAUUUUUCUACGCACAGACUUUUUAAUUUCAUUGCAAAGAAGAAUUAUCGAAAGACUUUGGAAAUUUUACAGUUUCAAGAUAGCAACGUAAGUUCCUUUUGUUAUUUUUUUUUUUCCUCGUAAAAGAAUAUCAUAACCAGUUACACGAGCAUUGAACGUAAUAACAGAGGUCUACAUAAGAAACAUGUAGGCACGAUCCAUCAGACUUUCUAUGAAUAGAAUGCUGUUACAAGGGUCUCUCUCUCGUGCUUUCUACGAAAAUGAAUGGCAUUUCACAAUUUAACUGUCGCGUGCUCCGGCCGUUCGUGUGGCUUCGCGUUUACGUUCAUGUAAACGAACCGUAAAGGGUUAUAUUUCGCGUAUGCUGACUCGACCGUAAGAUAAAGACACCGUGUGCUGUAUGCUUGAUCGUUUUAAGUGAUCGAUGAAUCCCAGGCUGGCCUAAAAUCUCGAGCGUGUUAGAACGACGAAUGUACAUUCUAUGUAUUAUAUUAUACUUAAUUGAUAGACGAGGAAUCUCAUGGUAGUAAGAUCGAAAGAUAAAAAGGAAUACUGUGGUUCCGAGUAGAAGCGGGUAAACUUUUUAUUUUAUAUUGUAUCCGAUAGAUUAAUCGAUUAAAGUUGAAAUUAUUCCUUCUGGAA